AUGAAAAUCUCUACCACAGGAUCUCUUGGCUUGGGAAGCACCACCACCAGUGCCACCAUCCGAACGACAACCUGGGGCCCCGGGAGAAGCACCACCCCGUCAGUACCAGCAAGAAAAAACAGGAGUACCAGCACCCCUGCUCCCUCUGUGGACGUGCUUGAUGAUGUUACCACACACUUUCCAUCGGCGUCAUCCCAAGUCCCAGCUCUUGAAGAAAGCUGUGAGGCUGUGGAAGCUCGGGACAUCAUGUGGUUCAAGACCCGGCGAGGACAGGUGGCGAAGCAACCAUGUCCUGCAGGAACGAUAGGUGUGUCCACUUAUCUGUGCCUUGCUCCUGAUGGAAUUUGGGAUCCCCAAGGACCAGACCUCAGCAACUGUUCUUCACCUUGGGUCAAUCAUAUCACACAGAAGCUGAAAUCUGGAGAGACAGCUGCCAACAUUGCUAGAGAACUUGCUGAACAGACCAGGAAUCAUUUGAAUGCCGGGGACAUCACUUACUCUGUCCGAGCCAUGGAUCAGCUCGUUGGUCUCCUAGACGUCCAGCUCCGGAACUUGACCCCGGGAGGAAAAGACAGCGCUGCGCGCAGUUUAAACAAGCUUCAGAAAAGAGAGCGCUCUUGCAGAGCCUAUGUCCAGGCAAUGGUCGAGACAGUUAACAACCUCCUUCAGCCGCAGGCUUUGAAUGCGUGGAGAGACCUGACGACUGGCGACCAGCUGCGUGCAGCCACCAUGCUGCUGGACACGGUGGAGGAGAGUGCCUUUGUGCUGGCGGAUAACCUUCUGAAGACAGACAUUGUCAGGGAGAACGCCGACAAUAUUCAAUUGGAAGUUGCAAGGCUGAGUACAGAAGGAAAUUUGGAAGACCUAAAAUUCCCAGAAAACACAGGCCAUGGGAGCACUAUCCAGCUUUCGGCAAAUACAUUGAAACAAAAUGGCCGAAAUGGAGAGAUCAGGGUGGCAUUUGUCCUGUAUAACAACUUGGGUCCUUAUUUGUCCACGGAGAAUGCCAGUAUGAAGUUGGGCACUGAGGCUAUGUCCACAAAUCACUCUGUAAUCGUGAAUUCCCCCGUUAUCACGGCAGCAAUAAACAAGGAAUUCAGUAAUAAAGUUUACUUGGCAGACCCUGUGGUGUUUACUGUUAAGCAUAUCAAGCAGUCAGAGGAAAAUUUCAACCCUAACUGUUCAUUUUGGAGCUAUUCCAAGCGCACAAUGACAGGUUAUUGGUCAACACAAGGCUGUCGACUCCUGACCACAAAUAAGACACAUACUACAUGCUCUUGUAAUCACCUAACCAAUUUUGCUGUAUUGAUGGCACAUGUUGAAGUGAAGCACAGUGAUGCAGUCCACGACCUGCUUCUGGAUGUCAUCACCUGGGUUGGAAUUUUGCUGUCCCUUGUUUGUCUGCUGAUAUGCAUCUUCACAUUUUGCUUUUUCCGGGGGCUCCAGAGUGACCGUAACACCAUUCACAAGAACCUCUGCAUCAGCCUGUUUGUAGCAGAGUUGCUCUUUCUGAUAGGGAUCAACCGAACUGACCAACCAAUUGCCUGUGCAGUUUUUGCUGCCCUUCUUCACUUCUUCUUCUUGGCUGCCUUCACGUGGAUGUUCCUGGAGGGAGUGCAACUCUACAUCAUGCUGGUGGAGGUUUUUGAGAGUGAACAUUCACGCAGGAAAUACUUUUAUCUGGUUGGCUAUGGGAUGCCCGCCCUCAUCGUAGCUGUGUCCGCUGCAGUCGACUACAGGAGUUAUGGAACAGAUAAAGUAUGCUGGCUCCGACUUGACACCUACUUCAUUUGGAGUUUUAUAGGACCGGCGACCUUGAUAAUUAUGCUUAAUGUAAUCUUCCUUGGGAUUGCUUUAUAUAAAAUGUUUCAUCAUACUGCUAUACUGAAACCUGAAUCAGGAUGUCUUGAUAAUAUCAACUAUGAGGAUAACAGACCCUUCAUCAAAUCAUGGGUUAUAGGUGCAAUAGCUCUUCUCUGCCUCUUAGGACUGACCUGGGCCUUUGGACUCAUGUAUAUUAAUGAAAGCACAGUCAUCAUGGCGUAUCUCUUCACCAUUUUCAAUUCUCUACAGGGAAUGUUUAUAUUCAUUUUCCAUUGUGUCCUACAGAAGAAGGUACGAAAAGAAUAUGGGAAAUGCCUGCGAACACAUUGUUGUAGUGGCAAAAGUACCGAGAGUUCCAUUGGCUCAGGAAAAACAUCUGGUUCUCGAACUCCUGGACGUUAUUCCACCGGCUCACAGAGCCGGAUCCGUAGAAUGUGGAACGACACGGUCCGCAAGCAGUCGGAGUCCUCUUUUAUUACUGGAGACAUAAACAGCUCAGCAUCGCUCAACAGAGGGGCAUAUCUUCCCUGCAUUCAGGCGUGUGUGUCAUACUUAGGAGCCAUGGCUAAUCAUCUUAUAAGCAAUGCUCUGCUUCGUCCGCAUGGUACUAACAAUCCCUAUAAUACAUUGCUUGGGGAACCGGCGGUCUGUAACAACCCUUCUGUCAGCAUGUACAACGCACAAGAGCCCUACAGAGAGACAAAGGGGCUUCUGAACAAUGCCAGGGAUACAAGUGUCAUGGAUACUCUACCACUGAAUGGUAACCAUGGCAAUAGCUACAGCAUUGCCAGCGGCGAAUACCUGAGCAACUGUGUGCAAAUCAUAGACCGUGGCUAUAACCAUAACGAGACCGCCCUAGAAAAAAAAAUUCUCAAGGAACUCACUUCCAAUUAUAUCCCGUCUUACCUGAACAACCACGAGCGCGCCAGCGACCAGAACCGGAAUCUGAUGAACAAGCUGGUGAAUAACCUGGGCAGCGCGAGCGAGGAGGACGCCAUCGUCCUGGACGACGCCACCUCCUUCAACCACGAGGAGAGUUUGGGCCUGGAACUCAUUCACGAGGAAUCCGACGCGCCUUUGCUGCCGCCGAGAGUUUACUCGACAGAGAACCACCAUCCCCACCAUUACACCAGGAGGCGGAUCCCCCAAGACCACAGCGAGAGCUUUUUCCCUUUGCUAACCAACGAGCACACGGAAGACCUGCAGUCGCCCCACCGGGACUCGCUCUACACCAGCAUGCCGGCCCUGGCUGGGGUGGCCGCCGCCGCCGCCGCCGCCGCCGCGGAGAGUGUUACCACCAGCACCCAGACCGACCCCCCACCGGCCAAAAGUGCAGAUGCCGAAGAUGUGUACUACAAAAGCAUGCCAAAUCUAGGCUCCAGAAACCACGUCCAUCAGCUGCACACCUACUACCAGCUAGGGCGAGGCAGCAGUGAUGGCUUUAUAGUUCCUCCGAACAAAGAGGGGACCCCCCCAGAGGGAUGCUCGAAAGGACCAGCUCACCUGGUCACUAGUCUAUAGAAGAGGACGCGGAAAUGCGAUACCUGCCAGACCGCGAACACCGGGUUGACUGUUCUGAGUUGAUACAAGCAGUGGUAAUAAUGUGUAUACUCCUAAAUCUCGAUGCUGUUCUUGAGAGAAAAACGCAAACUCAGACUUUCACUUUUUUGUUUUUGUUUUUGUUUUUAAACUGGGAUUUUUAGGCCAACCCAGGGGAGAAGGCUAACUGCUGAAAUUCUCCUGUGCCCUCUCUUUUCCUGUUCUUCCCCCUCCGAUGAGACUUCAUUAUGUUAAUGAACGAGAUUUGACGAAAAAGGCGCUCAUUGUGGCCUUGUUGAAUUAUGUUGUUUGUUUUAACAUCUCUGAUGCAAUGUUACUAUAAUUACAAGGACCUAAUUUUAAAAAGGCCAGAACAGUUGUUUGAAAUUAGUAACAGUGCUGCAUCUAGAUUGGAGUGCUGUACAAACAAACAUAAAAGCAAAGCAAAAACUGUAUUACAUAGGGGUUUUUGGUCACAACCUGAAUUCACCACAGGAGACAUAGCUGUGGAAACAAAACAACAAAAUUAAUAAAUGGAGGGGAAUUCUAGAAUUAUAUGCUCAAUGCAUAUUUUAUGAUUUGCUGUAUUAACUGAUGAUAAAACUAAUGGCAGAAAAAUUGAACAAUUUCUAUGUAAUGUACAGAUACUAGCAUUGCACAUAUAGUCUGCUUUCUGUUCCUCCAGAAUUUGAGUCCUGUUAAUGUAGUGGAAAAAAAAGAGUUUUUUUUUUCUUUUGUGCUGGUCUUGCAAGUUUGACUACCAGUAAGAGAGCAGUUUCCUUCCUUUCUUCUUUCUUUUCAUUUUCUCCUUUUAUUUUCACUUCUUUUUUUUUUCUUUAAAACUUCAUCUGGCAAAAAAUAAAUAAAUAAAAUAAAACUAUCACUUUAUAAGAAUCAUUUUCUAGUAAUGCAAACAAAUUAUUUUUUACAAAAAAAUAAAAUAAAUAAAAUUAGACUUCCUUCCCUUACUAUAUAUCGAUAUUCAGUCAGAAUAUUUCCAACAGCAUUUUUGCAAAUUAGAGCAGGAUGAACUUUUAUUAUUACUGUGCACAUCUGUUGUAAUGCAAAGCAUAUUUGGCAAGCAAUUCAUCACCAAGACAGUAGCUAUGACUCUAGAAGUCAAGAGGUGUCUAUAGAACUAGUGGGGCUUCUGCAUGUGGAAAAAAAAUAGAUAUCUCAUAGGCAUUAAAGUGCUGAAUGCUCAGUUGGAAUCCCAAAUGGGCAUCUGCACUAUCAAUUUUUAAAGGAAAUUAUUUACCCCAUAGAAAUAAUUGAAAGAUCCAAUUAUUUUGAAAUGAUUAAAGAAGUCCUUCUGUUUAUUAACAGGAAAAUUUAUUUAUUUGACAGGAUUUUAAGUAAUGUAGGCAUACAAGAGAUAAAUUAGGAGCACAUAUAAUUUUUUUUUAAAUUUAUGAUCCAUUUUGUAUGGUCUCAAAGUUGGAUGACCUCAUUACUAAUAUUUGUUGUAAAAGUGAAACUUGUUUGCCGACCAAUAAACAACUGAUUGAGAUUUAGAAGAUACUGUAUGGAUGUAUGUGCUAUAUGAUCAAUUGGUUUUUUUUUUCAUUUUUCUCACUUUUCUUUCCUUCUGUUUUCAAUAUAUAAAGUUUGUUUAUCCUCUAUGGCUCAAAUGAGCCACACACAAAAUAUUAUUCCCCCUAGAUGAAUUACCUAAGCACAAAAUGAUACAGGUUUUGCAGACAAUGUGAACCAGAAAUAUGGGGGUAGGGGGGAUGCUUGUGUAGGCUGAAAUAAGAUGCAUAACUUAUUUUUGAGCAGGGAAAUAUAUAGGUUAUUAUGUACAUAUUAUAUAAAAUAGCCUCAGUCACAAUAUGCUUAUAAAAGCCACCAUGAAUCAAAGAUUUAAGUACAGAAUUGUUGGGGUGGAAGUCAUAUUAUUUCCCUUUUCUGAAGGACCAUUUUGAUAUUGGAAAUUUAAAUUCACUAAAUAAACUAAAAGCUGCAAAAAAUUGUAGCAGAGAGAAUAAUAUUUUAUCAAGCUAUCACAAGACCUUUUUGUGGAAAUGUUUUCUUGUUUUAGCUAUGAUAGAAAUUGCAACAACACAACAACUAAAAUCAAAUUCUUCCAAAGAAAAAGUUAGGUUCUGCAGUCUGCAGAACUUUAGCUGGGAAUGCGGAGCCCUGCCAGGGCAAAGCCAGGACGGGGUUGCCACAUUAUAACUUCGCUCUUGGAAUGUGAAAUCUUGGCGUUCUCAUUCUUUCUGUCCUCAAAGUCAGCCACCCGCCAUCUACAGCUGAAAUAUUUUUCAAUCAAGAAGAGGAGUCCUUUAGGGAAAUAACCAGUAAUCGAUAAAGAACUUAAAGAUACAGGACAUACAAUGGACACACACACACACAUAAGCUGUGUUGCACAGAAAUUUAAUUUCACCUCCAAUUUUGUGUGUGUAGAAUUCUUUUUACUUCUCUUUCCACAAGUAUUUUCUUUUAUAAUUUUUGGAUUUUCUUUAAAUUGAUGGAUAACCACAAACUUUAACAGUAAUGAGGUUUUAUCAAACCACACUCUGGCAACAUUAGCACCUGAGAGAUGUGUAGCCCUUCAGAUACGUGGAAAACAUUUGGUAAUGAAAGGAUCCUUUUUAGAAUAUUGAAGAUGAUGCAGAAACAUAAACGUGGUCUUUGGAUGAUAAACACUAUGUUUUGCCAAUAAAACCAAACAAUAAUCUCUAUGAAUUCCACUCCUUUGGUAAAUUAAUUUCACAGAACAAUAGGGAAACUACCUCAAUUCAGCUAGCUGAUCCUGCCGAGUCUGAUUUUUUGAUAUUGCUACCUCCCUCCUUGUUAUUUUUUGCAUUACAUUAUAUGGAAAUAUGAAGUAGUUAGUCUCCCCAGCCCUACACGGACCAAGUUGAAAGAAGAUCACUUGAACUUUCUACAAUUACACAAACUGGUGCAGAAGACCAUCCAAUACUUUCAGUUACUACCAAGCUCUGAUGUCAAGAAAAAAGGGCAAGCUGUUUUACUCUCAUAUUUCACAAUUGCUGUGCUUGCAGGAGACUAAAGAUCCCAAAAACUUUGCACAAGAAGACAUCCUUAUCUCAACACACACAAUCUAGGUGAUUAUAAUGGAAAUCAAAAUGAUAAAGAGUGAAUUAUUCAUUCACUUCAAUAGAAAUUUCUGUAUUUCUAAUAUGUGUUCAUUUUUUCCUAUUUACGCCACCAACGGUUUAACUUUUAAACGUUAUUUCUCCCCAACCCCCCGCCCCAAGUAGAUUUUCAUGUAGAACUAUUGAUAAAUGAGUGUAAUUUUCCUAAAAAAUAAACACCACUCACAUAUAAAUUCAUUUUUUAAAACCACCUUUUUGGUUGACUCUUUAAAAUUCCCUGUGGCACACAUGACCUACUUAUUUGCAUUUUGGGAUAUGUUUAUCUGACUUUCCACUGAGAAGUCAAUUCCCCUCCAAGAGAUCAUGCACAGCACAUUAUCUGGCCAGCUAGAAGUGGACAUUAUGACAAUGAUAAACAGACUUUCAAUUCUUGGCAAAUAAUAUGACAUUUUAUACUUCUUGAUUUUUUCCCUUUGAAAUCUAAUCAUAUGUUAUUUUUCCAGGAAACUAGUCAAUGGACUUCAAGUUUAGUUUAGUCACAAACUGAUAGCUAUUUCCAAACCUAUAUUUCUAAUUGAUAAUGUGGAGAAAUCUAAUUUUUGUGAAAGAGAAAUAGGCUGACAGUCUAAAUUAAGUUCAUGAAUAUCCUUCUGUUUUUCAUUCUGCUGCCAUUAAAAUUACUGGUGUUAAAUCAUAAAUUCCUAUUGUAAAAUAACAACAAUAAAGGACCAGUAUAAAACAAUAAAUGUGAUGUAAAAACAAAAAUGUACUUAUAGAUAAAGGCAUUUCAGAAAUGUGUAAGUUCCUGGAGAAAGUUCACAAUGACUCUAAAUCAAUUAAAAUGAAGUUAUUUAUACGUUUGAAAUUCCUAUUAAUUUAACUAUAUUGAAGAUUGAUAAAAUGAUAUUUCAGAUCUAGUUUUUGUUCCUUUUUAAUUUAGUAUAAGCUUAAUUGGUGUAACAAAACUUCAUGAUAAUGAAGAAAAGCAUAUUAGGAAUUAGUAAAACUUUCAUAAAUUUAAUUGUAGGCGGCAAUCUUCAGCUUUUUGUCCAAGUAUGUUCAAAUCUACCAACUGAUUUGCUUACUUAGAGAAUGACAUUAAAAAUCUAAGAUGAAUUUUACAAAAUAUUACAGGAACCAAAUUUGAGGGGGAAAGAGAAUUUCUGGAUUGCCUGUAAAUUCCAAACUAAUAAAUAGUUAUUACUUGCUAUGGAAGUAAUAAUUAGUUUUCAGAAUUGGUCCAUCAGUGCUACACUAAAGUGUUGCUUCUUGGAAUAAUUUUGAAAAACACUAUGGAACUGCAAUGGUUAUAAAUUCAUAUUUCGGGUGAGAGUGAGAAGAAAAAGCAUUAUCUCUUUGGUUAAGAAUAAAUCUGAAAAUAUUAGCAUGAA